ACUCUAAACCCCAAAACCCUCACCCUUGUUCGCCUUUCGCUGAAUCCCUUCUGCCUCCUGAAGGGCUGCAAUGGCGAAGGGGACUGGAAUUCUGGUGAGCUCGAAAGCAGAGCUUAAGCGGAAGCAGAAGGAGCAGAAGAAAUCCAAGUCUGGAGGUUUCGAAUCGAUGGGGCUCAGCCCCAAUGUCUUCAGAGGAAUUAAGCGUAAGGGCUACAGAGUCCCCACCCCAAUUCAGCGGAAGACCAUGCCGCUCAUCCUUUCCGGCAACGACGUCGUCGCCAUGGCUCGGACUGGCUCCGGAAAAACCGCUGCAUUUCUGCUCCCCAUGCUCGAAAAGCUCCAGCAACACGUGCCCCAGGCUGGAACUAGAGCUCUCAUACUCUCUCCCACCCGAGAUUUGGCUCUUCAGACCCUCAAGUUCACCAAAGAGCUUGGUCGCUUCACAGAUCUCCGUGUUAGCUUAUUAGUUGGUGGUGAUAGUAUGGAAAGCCAAUUUGAAGAAUUGGCACAAAGUCCAGAUAUUAUAAUUGCAACUCCUGGUCGGCUUAUGCAUCAUUUAUCAGAGGUAGAUGAUUUUUCCCUGCGCUCUGUGGAAUAUGUAGUGUUUGAUGAAGCAGAUUGUCUAUUUAGCAUGGGGUUUGCUGAGCAAUUGCACACAGUUCUCACCCAUCUAAGUGAGAAUCGCCAAACUUUGCUUUUCAGUGCAACUUUACCAAGUGCCCUUGCUGAGUUUGCCAAGGCUGGUCUUCGAGACCCUCAGCUAGUACGCCUUGAUUUGGAGACUAAGAUAAGUCCUGACUUGAAGCUAACCUUUUUCACUCUAAGACAGGAAGAGAAACAUGCUGCCAUUUUAUACCUGAUUAGAGAACUAAUUAGAUCUGAUGAGCAGACAUUAAUUUUUGUUGCCACCCAGUAUCACUUGGAGUUCCUUAGCAUUCUUUUGAGAGAUGAAGGUAUUGAGUCUUCUGUUUGUUAUGGAAAAAUGGAUCAAGAUGCCCGUAACAUCCAUAUUUCAAAGUUCAGAGCAAGAAAGACAAUGCUGCUUAUUGUUACCGAUGUCGCGGCCAGGGGAAUCGAUAUCCCAUUGCUUGAUAAUGUUAUCAACUUUGAUUUCCCUUGCAAACCUAAACUCUUUAUCCAUCGAGUUGGACGAGUUGCAAGGGCUGGUCGUACUGGUACUGCCUAUUCUUUUGUCACUCCUGAAGACAUGCCUUACUUAUUAGAUCUUCACCUCUUUCUCUCAAAACCAAUUAGGGCUGCUCCUACUGAGGAAGAGGUUUUACGGGAUAUUGAUGGAGUUAUGUCUAGAAUGGAACAAGCCACUGCAAAUGGAGAAACCAUCUAUGGGCGGUUUCCCCAAACGGCUUUAGAUCUCCUCUCAGACAGAGUUCGAGAGAUUAUUGAAUCAUCUGCUGAGCUGAUCUCUCUUCAAAAACCAUGCAAGAAUUCAUUUAGGAUAUAUUCAAAGACAAAAGCAAAACCUUCUAGGGAAUCUGUCAAAAGAGUAAAAGAUCUGCCUCGUGAAGGGUUGCAUCUGCUUUUCAAAAAUCUUUUGGGUGGUAAUGAGUUAACAGCAUUAGCCUUUUCUGAACGUCUGAAAACCUUCAGACCGAAACAAACCAUCCUGGAAGCUGAAGGUGAAGCUGCUAAGUCAAAACAUCAAGGCAGUCAGUGGGUUGAUGUGAUGAAGAUGAAAAGAGCUAUCCAUGAGGAGGUCAUAAAUAAAGUGCGCCAUCAGCGCUACAGUGGCGAUCAUGUGUCUAAGGAUGACACUGAAGAAUGCAUUUCUGCCCAAGUCAAGGAGAAACCAGUUUCUGGAUCUAAAAGAAAGGCUAAGAGCUUCAAAGAUGAUGAGUACUUCAUAAGCGCUGUACCAACAAAUCAGCAUUUUGAGGCUGGACUUUCUGUGAAAGCUAACCAAGGAUUUGAAUCCAAUAGGUUGGAUGCUGCUGUUCUAGAUUUAGUAGCUGAUGAUAAAGAAGGGCUGCAUAGACAAAAAACUACGUAUCACUGGGACAAGAGGAGCAAAAAGUACAUCAAGCUGAAUAAUGGGGAUCGUGUGACUGCUAGUGGGAAGAUAAAGACAGAGGGCGGUGCAAAGGUGAAAGCUAAUAAAACUGGGAUAUACAAAAAAUGGAAAGAACAGUCACACAAGAAAGUGUCCCUCAAAGGAACCAACAUGGAUGAUAGUAUUGGAGAAUCAACAAGUUCAGCUGGUAAAGGUGGUUUGGGAGUUAAAGGUGGCAAUAUGAAAUUCCAACGUGGAAGGAAGAAUACUAGAUCAAUACCCAAUGCCCACGUACGUUCAGAAAUUAAAGACCACGAACAAAUUCGAAAAGAGAGGGAGAAGAAGGCAAACAGAAUAGCUCAUUUGAAGAGUAAGCCCAGCAAGGGAAAAAAAUUCAAAAGAAGCAGCAACAAAGGGGGGAAGGGAAGGCGAAGUAACUGAUUUGAUGUAUAGCCUGAAUAUAGAGUAAGGCUUUAAAUUUUGUUGAUGUCUGUGUUUUUCUUGUUAAGUGUGUGUGUGUAGGGGUUCCUUUAUAACACAUCUUAUUGAAGCUUAAGAGUCCUUCAAGGGGGAGGGAUGGGCGGCACUGCUUCGUUAAGCUGCCACUAAAUGCACUGAUUAGUAUCUUACCCAAGGAUGAUUUUGAUAUUUUACAAGUGUACCCUUUUAUUCUACUUUUUCUUUUUAAUA